GAAUGCUCUAUGUAAAACCCCGGGAAUUUAGAAAACGGGAACUAAUACAGCAGUCGCAUUGCUUCCAAAGAUGUCACAGUAUUCUGGAAAACGAAAAUUGAUCUACAGUCCAGAGAAACAGGUGAGCUCCAAUUCCCAAAAGAAAAUUCGGGAUGAAAGGAAAUCCGUUGGUAAAUGGCAAACCUUUGGGGAAGGAUUUUCAGGAUUUGGUGGAGUCAAACACCUCAAUCCACCAAAACGCCAGAGAACGUCUCUAAUUAGACAGAGUGAAGCCAACACAUCGAGAAAGCUCCCUACUAAAGGAGUUGAUGAAUCUAUUGCCUGGAGUUCUAGUGAUGAAGAGGAUUCUACACAACAUGAUCGAGAUAAUUCACCUGUGGUCAGGAGACCAGGUCCUAGGUACAAAGCUAGUAUACAAAAGGAUUAUGAGAAUGCUGAUUCAGAAGUACUCAUUGCUGAUGAAGAGUCAUCCUCCGAACCGUGGUGUCUGUCCAGUGUAAACAAUAAAGUUACGAAAGACAGAUGUGAUUCAGAAAAUGAAGGACAACAUUCUCAGGUGUCUGAAGUAGCAGCUAGCAUUUUCAGUUAUGAAUCCGAAGGAUCCAGGCAUUCAUUUUCGCAAAAGGAAACCGAUGACAAACUACAGAUUUCCCCCGAGACAUCGCAGGAUAUAGAGAGCAUGAAGAGUGAAUCUCUGGCCCCUAGUCAGGCUUCCUCCAGUUCAAAGGUCAAGGCUAGUGAUUGGGUGAAAACUUUGAACUUGAAAACACCUUCUAAGGACUCACAAUCUAGUGAUAUUGACAUUUUAGAGGAUUCGGCAAAAAAGAAAAAGAAAUUCAAAAGAGGAGGAUUUGCUGACCAACUCCACAAAGUUCAAAUGAGAGAACGGUCAUCAUUGAGAAUAUGGUCCCAUCAGCAGAACUCUGAGGAGACAGAAUCUCACGCAGUGUCGACACCAAAGAUCAUUACUGUUGAAGUAGUCAGUUUCGAGCUGCUCUACUCACUCCAGUUGGCGCGCUGUGAGGUUUUGACGGGGCCGGUUGAGGCGGGCCAGAUCCUUGUGCUAUUUUCUACUGCAUCAGUCCAACAACACAACAUACAGGAAGGCAGCGUCGUCCUUAUCCAUCCGCCGUGGCAGCAGCUGGACCUGAAACAGACUCACCAGAAAGUGUUGUUGUGUACAAACUAUUGCCAGGUGACUAACAAAAGUGACCUCCAUAACCCAGGGUCACACAAGGUCAAGGUCACCCAACAGUCACAAGAUGUAGUCAAGGUCAUGGGUCAGUGGAACUGCCCUUGUGUUACAGGUCUGGUGAGUUCCUACCAGUCCUGUCCAGCCUAUCUCUAUCCCUGUAUACCGGCCGUGGCUGUUUCCAUGGAUGCUGCAUGUUGUGAUGACGAGAAAAGGGAGAGGUCAAGGUUGACAGUGGUGCAAUCGACUCAUUGCCAGCCUCCGCAGUCUUCGUCUGUGGGAACUCCAGCACAUACAAUACUGGAGAGUGUACAUGAUCAGGGCUCCACUCCAGGAGGUCAAGGUCACAGCUUCUCGGGUCUUGUACAUAGGGUCAUACAGAAACAGACACGACAGACACCCAGAUGGUGUGUGCUGGUGGAGGAUGUCCAGGGAACUAUGUGUGAAGUAGUCCUGCCAAAGGAUCGACUCCCGAUCUGGGACAGAGUCCUAAAGGGGGAAGGGGCGGUCUUCUCCUUCACCGGGCUCAUGUUAUACAGUAGGACACACCGGGAAAGGGACUUUGGCUUAUUCAGUUUAAUUGAUUCUGUUUGGUCUGGGGUUGUGUCAAGUACACUUAGCCAAGAGAGUGACAAAGCUCUGCCAGAACACAGCAUCCUUAGCCAAGACAGCAAUCAAACACUUCGAGGACCUAGCACAGUUAAUGAUGGCAGCAUUCAAGCACUUCCAGGACCUAGCAAAGUUAAUGAUGGCAGCAUUCAAACACUUUCAGGACCUAGCACAGUUAAUGAUGGCAGCAUUCAAGAACUUUCAGGACCCAGCACAGUAAAUGAUGGCAGUAAUCAAGCACUUCCAGGACCCAGCACAGUUAUUGAUGGCAGCAUUCAAGCACUUCCAGGACCCAGCACUGCAGCAUGGACUGUGGAGCCACCUGGAUUUUGUUAUGUGAUGAAGGGAGAUAACUCUACAGAUAUAGAAAUAUCUCCUGUCAAUACCUCUGGCCUCCAGUCUCGGUAUCAUCCACUUACAAUCACUGAUCUAUCAAAAGUCAGUAAGAAACCAACAAUAGUGAAGCGUUUCUGUCUUGUUGCCAAAGUUUUAGCCAUAUUGCCCUCGGAUACCGGAGACGCUGAUAGAAGUCAUGAGACUACAUCGCACAGAAGGCGUCCUCAGUGUUACUUAUAUGUGUGGACUGGUGAGGCUUUCUCUGACCAGCCUCCCCGGUACAGUAUAGUCAGGGUUGCCUACGAUGUCAAAAAUGCUCUCUGUGGACGUGUCAUGUUUUUUAAAGACAUCUUUUAUCACAAAGAACAACUCUGCUGCGAUGUCUUCUCUCAAAUACUACCCAUAGCAGCUGUACCAGAGAGGUGCAUGUCUACCAACACUGAGUUAACGAUAAAGGAGGCAGAGUGGAGAGCUCUUCAAGGGGAGAUAAUCAUCCCAAGUGUAUGCUAUGAGCUUCCUGAACUCACCCUUUGUAAAGUUCAAGGUACGGUCAGCGGAGUAGACGAAAGCUCUGCAUACUCCUGGGAUGUUUGUAGCUUCUGUGGUAGUGACAAACUCGUAAACCAACAAAGUGAACUGGUCUGUAUGGAGUGUAACAAAUCUAUCCUGGAGCCAGUAAACAAGAUGACCAUGGAGGUCUGUGUGACAUGUGAUGGACUGGACGUUCCUGUCACAAUCAGUCUCCUUCAGGAUUGUAUAGAAAAGUUACUACCAGAGGAUACAGCUGAGGAGGGAUACGAGAUCGAAAGUGUCCUUGGGAAAGACAUUGGUACCAUCUUCUGUGUUAUUUGCUCAAAAGUUCAGAAAGGAAGUUCACAAAGUCUAAAACUACUGCAAGUCGCUGUGUCAUUAUGAAUAAGUAAUAAUAGAUAUAAUAUGUUCAGCUAUUCAUUAACUUUGAAUUUGUUGUGUUAUUUCAAAUCAAUUAUGAUUAUAUAUUAAAGAUUGAAAAUUCUAAAUU